AUGGGUCUUGCCCUCAUGCAAGGAGCACCAAGAGUGGAGGAAAACCCAUUGCCCCUAACAGGAGCAACUUCAGAGCGUUCUUGUAAGGAUUCUGGCUUGGCGCAAUAUUCCAUCCUCUUUUAUGGCUAUUACGACAAUAAACGAACAAUUGGAUGGAUGAAUUUCAGGCUGCCGCUCUCCUAUUUUCUGGUGGGGAUCAUGUGCAUCGGAUACAGCUUUCUGGUUGUCCUUAAAGCGAUGACCAAAAAUAUCGGGGAUGAUGGGGGUGGUGAUGACAAUACAUUCAACUUCAGCUGGAAGGUAUUCACAAGCUGGGACUACCUGAUUGGCAAUCCGGAAACAGCAGACAACAAAUUCAAUUCUAUCACCAUGAACUUUAAGGAAGCAAUCAUAGAGGAAAGAGCAGCCCAAGUAGAAGAAAACGUCCACUUGAUCCGAUUCCUGAGGUUUCUUGCUAACUUCUUCGUGUUUCUAACACUUGGAGGAAGUGGAUACCUCAUCUUCUGGGCUGUGAAGCGAUCCCAGGAAUUUGCACAGCAAGAUCCUGACACCCUUGGGUGGUGGGAAAAGAAUGAAAUGAACAUGGUCAUGUCCCUCCUGGGGAUGUUCUGUCCAACACUGUUUGACUUAUUUGCUGAAUUGGAAGACUACCAUCCCCUCAUUGCUCUGAAGUGGCUACUGGGACGCAUUUUUGCUCUACUUUUAGGCAACUUGUAUGUAUUUAUUCUUGCCUUGAUGGAUGAGAUUAACAACAAGAUUGAAGAGGAGAAGCUGGUAAAGGCCAAUAUUACCCUCUGGGAAGCCAACAUGAUCAAGGCCUACAAUGCAUCACUCACGGGAAAUAGCACUGGGCCACCUUUUUUUGUGCACCCUGCAGAUGUACCUCGAGGACCCUGCUGGGAAACAAUGGUGGGGCAGGAAUUUGUGCGGCUGACCGUUUCUGAUGUUCUGACCACUUAUGUCACAAUCCUCAUUGGAGACUUUCUCCGGGCAUGUUUUGUGAGGUUUUGCAAUUAUUGCUGGUGCUGGGAUUUGGAAUAUGGAUAUCCCUCAUACACUGAAUUUGAUAUCAGCGGCAAUGUCCUCGCUCUGAUCUUCAACCAAGGCAUGAUCUGGAUGGGCUCCUUCUUUGCCCCCAGCCUCCCAGGAAUCAAUAUCCUUCGACUCCACACCUCCAUGUACUUCCAGUGCUGGGCCGUGAUGUGUUGCAACGUUCCUGAGGCCAGGGUCUUCAAAGCUUCCAGAUCGAAUAAGUUCUACCUGGGCAUGCUACUGCUCAUUCUUUUCUUGUCCACCAUGCCCGUCCUGUACAUGAUUGUAUCGCUCCCGCCAUCUUUUGAUUGUGGCCCCUUCAGUGGUAAAAAUAGGAUGUUCGAAGUCAUUGGAGAAACCCUGGAGCAUGAUUUCCCAAGCUGGAUGGCAAAGAUCUUGAGACAGCUUUCUAACCCUGGACUGGUCAUCGCUAUCAUUUUGAUUAUGGUCUUGACCAUUUAUUAUCUCAAUGCUACUGCAAAGGGCCAGAAGGCAGCAAAUCUGGAUCUAAAAAAGAAGAUGAAACAGCAAGCUUUGGAGAACAAAAUACGCAACAAGAAAAUGGCGGCUGCCCGAGCAGCUGCGGCUGCUGGUGGCCAGUGA